AUGUUGCCCUGUUUAUUUUUAUUGCCGUUGUUGGCUAAUGCAGCCGUACAAAAGAAACGUGUUGUACCUCAUAGGCAGGAUAUUAGCAAGAUCAUCGAUGAACACCCUACGCGCGAAGGGAUUAUACUUCGGGAUAUAGAGAUAGCCAUGGCUCAUGGGCUUACGCAAUGCAAAUCAGUAGGCUCCAAUGUGCCAAAAAAGGAAGAAAAAUGGUUCUUGAUGCACGGACUUUUAAACGUUUGUCCAGCAUGGAUAAUUAGCGGAGAACAAUGUGUAGAAUCAAAGUCGGAGGCUGAACUCAAAAAAAGCCGAAUUAUCACCGUAAAUGAACUCAAGGGGUCUCUAGAUCGACUGCCGUUCACUCUCGGUGACAUCGUAGACGAUACAUAUAUCCUACAUCUCCCAUUCCAGUAUUGA